CCGCCGCAGCCGCCCGGCCGCUAUGGAUCUAUUCGACUUUUUCAGGGACUGGGACUUGGAGCAGCAGUGUCACUAUGAACAAGACCGUAGUGCCCUUAAGAAAAGGGAAUGGGAGCGGAGGAAUCAAGAAGUCCAGCAAGAAGACGAUCUCUUUUCUUCAGGCUUUGAUCUUUUUGGGGAGCCCUACAAGACAAACAAAGGUGAUGCACUUGCCAACCGAGUCCAGAACACGCUGGGAAACUAUGACGAAAUGAAGGAUUUGCUAACUAACCAUUCUAAUCAGAAUCAUCUAGUGGGAAUCCCAAAGAGUUCCGUGCCCCAGACUCCCAUCAACAAAACUGAACCAAGCUUUUUUCCAGAACAAAAGAACCGAAUGAUCCAAUCUCAUCAGGAUAGCACUCACUCCUCGGCACCAAUGCCUCCACCUUCUGUUGUGAUACUGAAUUCAACUCUAAUACACAGCAACCGGAAGUCAAAACCUGACUGGCCACGAGAUAGUCAGAACACUAGCAUGGUACCGGCCAGCCAGGCUGGUAGUCAGCCCAACAAGAUGCAGCCAUCAACACAGGACCAGCCCCCUGCCAGACUGGAAGACUUCUUUGUCUACCCAGCUGAACAGCCUCAAGUUGGAGCAGUUGAAGAGUCAAACCCAUCUGCAAAGGAAGACAAUAAUCUCAAGUCCAGUGGAGGGGAUACUUUCAAAGAAAUAUUUCAGUCCAACUCACCAGAAGAAUCUGAAUUUACACUGCAGGCGCCUGGGUCUCCCCUAGUUGCCUCCUCUUUAUUAGCUCCCAGCAGUGGCCUUGUGGUUCAAAACUUCCCACCAGGGGUUUACUGCAAAACAAGCAUGGGGCAGCAAAAACCAACCGCAUAUGUCAGACCCAUGGAUGGUCAGGACCAAGCCCCAGACGUCUCUCCCACGCUGAAACCUUCAAUUGAAUUCGAGAACAGCUUUGGGAAUCUGUCAUUUGGAUCACUCUUGGAUGGCAAACCCAGUGCACCCAGUUCAAAGACUAAACUGCCAAAGUUCACGAUUCUCCAAACAAGUGAAGUGAGCCUUCCCAGUGACCCAAGCUGUGUUGAAGAAAUCUUGCGGGAGAUGACCCAUCCCUGGCCUACUCCUCUCACUGCCAUGCAGACUUCUGGAAACUCUGAGCAGAGCACAUUUUCCAUCCCAGGACAGGAAUCCCAGCAUCUGACCCCAGGAUUCGCCUUACAAAAGUGGAGCGACCCGACCAGCAGAGCUUCUACAAAGACACUUGAAGACGACCUGAAGCUGAGCAGUGAUGAAGACGACCUUGAGCCCGUGAAGACCUUGACCACUCAGUGCACUGCCACUGAGCUCUACCAGGAUGUUGAAAAGGCAAAAUCUAAGAAUAAUCCUGUAAACCCGCUCUUGGCCAUGCCUCAGCCCACACCUGCAGCGCCAGCCAGCGGGGGAUCCGGCAGCUCCAGUGACUCUGAGAGCAGCUCAGAGUCAGACUCAGACACUGAAAGCAGCACCACUGACAGUGAAGCCAAUGAGGCGCCGCGUGUGGCCACGCCAGAGCCUGAGCCGCCCUCCACCAACAAGUGGCAGCUGGACAAAUGGCUUAACAAAGUGACAUCUCAGAACAAGUCGUUUAUUUGCGGCCAAAAUGAAACACCCAUGGAGACGAUUUCUGUACCUCCUCCAAUCAUACAGCCAAUGGAAGUCCAGGUCAAGGUGAAGGCAAACCCCAGCCAGGUCCUGGCUGAACCCAAAGAGAGGCCUGUCCUCAGUCUUAUCAGGGAGAAAGCCCGUCCACGGCCCACCCCCAAAAUUCCAGAAACAAAGGCUCUGAAGCAUAAAUUGUCGACAACUCUCGAGACAGCAUCUCAAAGGACAAUUGGGAAAAAACAGCCCAAAAGGGUCGAGAAGAACCCCAGCAUUGAGGAAUUUACCUGGCCCAAACCAAAUAUCACCAGCAGCACUCCCAAAGAAAAGGAAAGCAUGGAGCUUCCUGACCCCCCGAGAGGCCGCAACAAAGCCACUGCCCACAAGCCGGUCCCUAGGAAAGAACCGAGGCCCAGCAUCCCCUUGGCUGCCGAGAAGAAGAAGUACCGAGGGCCUGGCAAGAUCGUGCCGAAGUCCCGGGAAUUCAUUGAAAGCGAUUCGUCUACGUCUGAUUCCAACACAGAUCAGGAAGAGACCCUGCAGAUCAAAGCCCUGCCUCCUUGCAUGGCUCCUGGGGGCAACACUGCCAAGUCCAAGGACACCUGCGGGGCCAGCCUGACCCUCAGCACCUUUAGCAGUAGCAGCAGCAGCAACCCGCCCGUCCCCAAUGAGGAGGCUGCUUUUUCACCCAUCCCUGUCAUGCAAACCGAGCUUCUGUUUCCUCUCCGAGAUCACGAGAAUCUGAAAAAUCUCUGGGUGAAGCUUGACCUCGACCUACUGUCUCGAGUGCCUGGCCACAACUCACUGCAGGCGGCGCCGGCCAAGCCAGACCACAAGGACACAGCCUCAAAGCCCAGGCGGCAGGCAGCUGCCACGGCUGUGGAUAAAGCCGCCCCCAAGGGCAAGCGUAAGCACAAGCCAACAGAAGUUGUGGAGAAAAUCCCUGAGAAGAAGCAACGCCUGGAGGAGGCGGCCACCAUCUGCCUGCUACCACCUUGCAUCUCACCAGCUCCCCACCAGAAACCUCCCAGCACUAAAGAAAAUAAUUCAUCCAGGAGAGCAAACAGAAGAAAAGAAGAAAAGCUGUUUCCCCCUCCACUUUCCCCACUGCCAGAGGAUCCUCCACGCUGCAGGAACAUCAGCGGCAAUAAUGGUCCCUUCAGUCAAGACAAGACCGUCCCUAUGAUUGGACAGAUCACCUCGACCAAACCUAAGAGGAGUGAAGGCAAAUUCUGUCCGACUUUCAAAGGGAUAUCUGUAAAUGAGGGAGACACUCCAAAAAAGGCACCCUCUGCCACCGCCACUGUCACCAACACUGCUAUUGCCACUGUCAGUGCUACUGCCAUUGUCACUGCCACUGCCAUGGCCACUGCCACGGCCACUGCCACUACCACCACCACUACCACUACCAUUUCCACCAUCACCUCCACCAUCACUACUGGCCUCAUGGACAGCAGUCACCUGGAGAUGACAUCCUGGGCGGCCCUGCCCGUUCUUUCCAGCAGCACUACCAGUGUCCGGAGACCCAAGCUCACUUUUGAUGACUCGGUUCACAACGCUGAUUAUUACAUGCAAGAGGCGAAGAAGCUGAAGCACAAAGCUGAUGCACUGUUUGAUAAAUUUGGCAAAGCCGUGAAUUAUGCCGAUGCAGCCCUGUCCUUCACCGAAUGUGGCAACGCGAUGGAGCGCAACCCUCUGGAAGCCAAGUCUCCGUACACCAUGUACUCUGAGACAGUGGAGCUUCUCAGGUAUGCAAUGAGGCUGAAGAACUUUGCAAGCCCCCUGGCUUCGGAUGGGGACAAAAAGCUGGCCGUACUAUGCUACCGAUGCUUAUCACUUCUCUACCUGAGGAUGUUCAAACUGAAGAAGGACCACGCCAUGAAGUACUCCAGAUCACUGAUGGAAUAUUUUAAGCAAAAUGCUUCAAAAGUCGCUCAGAUACCAUCUCCAUGGGUAGGCAAUGGAAAAAACACUCCAUCCCCAGUGUCUCUCAACAAUGUGUCUCCGAUCAACGCAAUGGGGAACUGUAACAACGGCCCAGUCACCAUCCCCCAGCGCAUUCACCACAUGGCCGCCAGCCACGUCAACAUCACUAGCAACGUGUUACGGGGCUACGAACACUGGGACAUAGCCGACAAACUGACAAGAGAGAAUAAAGAAUUCUUUGGCGAUCUGGACACGUUGAUGGGGCCCCUGACCCAGCACAGCAGCAUGACCAAUCUCGUCCGCUACGUUCGCCAGGGACUGUGCUGGCUGCGCAUCGACGCCCAUUUGUUGUAG